UCGACAACCGGGGGGUGGGGGUGGGGUGGGGUGGGGUGGGGUAGGGCGGGGUAGAUGUGGGGUGGCCUGCUCCGGACCCUGGACAACAGUACGGUGGCCCCGAUCCUCGACUGAGAAAGUCUGGAGAGGAAAUAGCCAGGGCGGUCCGCCAGGUGAGCCUGGCACAGAGAACACACCUGUCGGAAGUGAAAGACUUUUCCCGGCGUCAGAAGAGGCGACUGCUCGCACCGUGACACAGCAGGAACAGAAGUCCUCGGCCGCCAACACCGCCAUAACACAGCAGCGCAGUCCGAAGCACGACAAACCUCAAGAAUCAAACUUUUAACCGACAACACUGUGCCAGUAAAAACAGGAAAACAAAAAGAACUUUUAAAAGUAUACAUUCUUUAAAGUUUAACUGGUGCCUCUGUUAGCUGGUUAUAACAAAAAAAAAGGACUUUCACUUCGUGCCUUUUAGCUACGCUAAAACAAUAAUAACCGAAUAUAAAUCAAAUUUAUCUAUCAAUCAAAUUUUAUUUAUACAGCUUAUUUCACGGCGAUUUGUCACAGAAUAUCACGUUCCACAUUAGAUCGUUGUUGUCCGUUUGGCUCCGCCCACUUCUCCUCUCUGCUGGGGCGGGGGGAGGGGGGGGGGGGAGGUUCAUCGGUCUUCAUGGAGUCGCCCUUCUCCUUCCCGCUGCGGGGGGAGGCCGGCUUAGUCCCGCUGGGGCUGGAGCUGCCGGGGAAGUGCCUGAGGGCGACGAGCUCGCGCCGCAAGCGGGAGUUCAUGCCGGACGAGAAGAAGGACGCCUCCUACUGGGAGAAGCGCAAGAAGAACAACGAGGCGGCCAAGCGCUCGCGGGAGAAGCGGCGGGUGAGCGACUACGUGCUGGAGGCGCAGCUGGCGGCGCUGAGUGACGAGAACAUGCGCCUGCGGGCCGAGCUGCUCGCCCUGCGGCUGCGGCUGGGGCUCCAGUGGCCCGGGGCGCCCCACCACCAGGGGGCGGGGCUGCUGCCGCCGCUGCCGCCGCUGCCCCUCCCGCUCCCGCUGCCCGCGCCGGCGCCGGCCCCGAACCUGCCCCCCCUGCCCCCCCGCACCCUCCCCAGCCACGCCGAGAGGGACGUCUGCUGGGGGGGCGGGGGGAGCGCGGAGGGCGGAGCCUCCUACCAGAGCCCCGUCCCCAAACCCGCGCCCGUCGGCUCGGCCUUCACGCCGGCGCGCUCUACCGUGCGGAGAGGGUACCCGUACUUUUUCGACAAGUACGCCCCCUUCCCUCCCGCCCACCACGUGCCUUUUCUCCUGCCCACUCUGCUGCCCCCUAACCCCUCGGCGUCCUGGGGCGGCCCCGCCCCGCCCAGGCCCGGCCCGGGGCCGAAGGUCAGCUCCGAAGAAGAGGAGGAGGAGGAGCAGCAGGUGCCCGCGGCCUCUGAGUGUGACCCCCGCUCCGCCCUGCCGCACAAACUCAGGCUGAAGGGGCGUGGCCUGCCGGGCCGGGAUCCCGCCGCGUCUCCCCCGGCAACCAAGCUGCACACGCGUGGCUCGGAACACCGCAGCUGGAACACUGAGCACUGCUGAAAUGGACAGUAUUUCAAAAGUGUUUUUUUUUUUACUUUUUUUUUUUUGCUCGUUGCAUGACUGCUUUGGCAAAUUCUUUAAAAUCCUGUUGUUUUUCAAAGUGCACAAGCAUCCAAGUAUCUCGUUCCAGCAAGAAGAAGUAAAAAAAAAAAAAAAAAAAAAAAAGGGGGAAAAAGUCCCUGUUUGGGUCAAUUUUUGUGAUUGGCUCUGAACCGUGCAUAAAUAAUUUCUGCAAUUAUCAUGUGACUAUGACACAGGCUACAUGGCUUCAGCCUUUAAGGCAGGGAUAAUAUUUCAGUUAAAGACCUGUGCGGCUUCCUUGCCUUUUCGUACUGGACAAAAACCUCUGACUAUAAAAACAUCAUAUCUUAAACAUUAUUUAUUUACCCAGGGAUUAAUGCCAUCGAGGCAAAAUGUCAGUAGCUAACUCAAUUAAAAACUAUUUCAGAAUCAGUGAUCAGAAUUCCUGAUUUAGAAUUGGGGUCAAUUUAUUUCCAAUUCGGACAAUGAAUUGAAAUCCAGUACAUUCAUUGAAAAGCGUUAUGUGUCAUUACGUUAGGCUCCAUACCUCGCAGGAGCGCCGGGGGGGGGGGGCGGGAGGGGUGUCUGGGGGUUUGCUACCUUUGUAGUUUUAAAAAAUAAUUUCAUCUUUUGCAUCACCUGGGUGACAAACCAUCUGAGGCUCACACCUCUUUGGUUUUCUCUUAAUGUGACAUCACACCGGCUCCUGCUGCUCUCAGACACACGGGUUAGACAGGGGUAACUUGUGAAGCGUAUCAUGGCAGAUCCUUCGUAAAAUGCACUAUGCAAAGAAAAAUGAUGACUGAUUUAUUCAUUGAUUGACAGGCGCAUGGGCUAGUGGUCAGUCUACACGGAUCUGUUCAACUGUGCAUUAAGUACAAUUGCAUUAUGUCGCAUUACGCACACACCAGAGAUUACUGUAUGAUUACAGAGGCGGUCUGUUCCACUGGGUUCAUAAGCAGGAUGUCAGUUAUUAUGGCUGUGUCUGCACCAUCGGGAAGAAGUCUGAUUAUCGUCACAUGCAAAGCCUGCUUUCCACGUUUUAAAAAAUAAAUCAUUUUCAAAGCCAAUUUGAAUAAUAACAUCACUCUCUCUUUUCUUUUCAUAGGGAAACAGCUUCUUUGAUUCAUUGAAUUGACCCCUUUAUAUUAGUGAACUCGGUUGAACAAAACUGUGCAGGAACGAACCCUAAACCUGUCCACUGACACAGUUUCUUUUUUUUCACAGAUAUUUUUUUUAAUGCUUUAACUGAACCCAGCUCUUCCUCAGAUCAUUACCAUAGAACAAAGAGAAAUUAGUUCACUCCUGGAUAAAUAAAGGUCAAAUAAAUAUAUGUUCUCCUGUGUCUACUGUACUUGUUUGAUUUUUUAAAAAUGCUUUUUUCAUUUUAAUAAUGCUGUAUGUCUUCAGAAUUUGUAAACCAACAGUUGUGGAGAGACUAGGGUUAUUUGUGUCGGAAGUUACUUCUCUUGAGAAAUUCACUAAUCGUUGGAUGACAUUAGGAAAUUGGUGCUCAGGUAUUCAAACAUCUGUACAGUUCAAACAAAUACAAAGAAAAAUAAACAUGCUCAAAUAUACAUUUAUUAAGGAUUAGUGCAUGACAUCAGUUUAUGUUUUUUUUUUUCAUUUGUAACUGCUCUUUAUAAGAGAUUAUUUUCUGCUUUGUCAAGGCCACAUACCAAAAACAGAAUUUGAUUCUAAUAGUUUUCCUUGUUUUUGCAAUUUUUUGUUUUUUCAUGCCAGUAUAUUUCUUCAAAAACUGUACUUUCAUGAACUCAGGGAAUACCAUUUGUAUAUGUAGACAAGGGUUUUUAAGUCAAGAAUUGAAUAUUAAAAAAGUAUUAAAACAUUUACCAUGAAUCAAUAAAGAUUUUGCACAAAUAAAA